CCCAUGAGACUGCAUAACCUGAGCUCACCUGCCCCCGUCCCCUCUCUCCCUUCCUUCUCUUCUCUCCCUCCCGCCCUCAUUCCCUCUGCCUUCACCACUGUGUUGGAGUCCCAAGUAGAGGGCUGCUUCCUGAACUCUUCCUCCACAGUGUCUGCCUUCCUGGCUCCAGUCCUGGGCAUGGAGUUUGUCCUGGGCCUGGCGGGGAACAGCUUGGCAUUCUUCAUCUUCUGCUUCCACACGCAGCCCUGGACAUCUAACACGGUGUUGCUGGUCUGCCUAGUCAUCGCUGACUUUCUCCUGAUCAUCAACCUGCCCCUUCGUGUGGACUACUAUUUGCUCCGAGAGAUGUGGCGCUUCGGUGCCACUGCCUGUCAAAUCAACCUCUUCAUGAUGUCCACCAACCGCACGGCCAGUGUCAUCUUCCUCACGGUCAUCGCGCUCAACCGCUACCUGAAGGUGGUGUGGCCCCAUCAUGUGCUGAGCCGGGCCUCAGUGGGGGCAGUUGCCCGGGUGUCCGGGGGGCUCUGGGUGGGCAUCCUGCUCCUCAACGGGCAUAUGGUCCUGGCCAUGAAUUCCAACAACACCUGCCUCAGCUAUCGGCUGGGCAGGAACUCCUCAGCCUCACUCCGCUGGCACCAGGCACUGUUUGCGCUGGAGUUCUUCCUUCCGCUGGUACUCAUUCUCUUCGCGACUGUGAGCAUCUGGCAGACCAUUCGGCGCCGCAGCCUGGGUGGGCAGGCUGGCCCGCAGAGGGCCAUGCGCGUGCUGGCCAUGGUGGUGGUCGUCUACAUCAUCUGCUUCCUGCCCAGUGUCAUCUUUGGCAUCAUGUCCCUAGUGACCUUCCGACUGGGAGCCUGUCGCACCCUCAACAUCUGCAUGCAGCUCUUCCAUGGCUCCUUGGCCUUCACCUACCUCAACAGCGUCCUGGACCCCGUGCUCUACUGCUUCUCCAGCCCCAACUUCCUCCACCAGACCCGUGCCCUGCUGGGCCUCACUAACGGCUGGCAGGGCCCCUCGGGUGAGGAAAGCUCCUACCUGCCCUCCACCCAGCGCCCAGCGGCCCCUAGGAAAGCAGAGGCCACAGUGAAGGUGAAGGACUAAGGGUCUGCUGCAGGGGAGCAGUGACAAGGUCACUCCCUGGACUGUGGCCAGCAUAGUGUGCCCCAACCAGCUGGACAAGGGGCAUCUGCAGACCAGGAGCCAGGCUGAAACAGUGGCAGGAAACAGGAGGGUGGCAGGGAGAGAAAGGGUCUUGGCCUUGGUUUGGGGAUGCCAUUCCCAGAGGGUAGAAGAAGUGAUGCCAGAAGGAGACAGGCAGGGAGCUGUGGGAACUCAUCAAAUGCCUGCUCAGCUGCCCAGUCCUGGGAACUAAAGUGUGAUUACUGUAAGAGCCACAAUCUCCUUUAGACAUUGGACAGCUGUAUUUUCUGUGAUGACCUCCAGCUUCCUAAUAAACAUCCUUUUGAAAAUGCAAGCCUGUUUCGGCUGUUCAAAGGAAAAGCAAAUCAAUGUCUCAUGGUCCAGGCUGGGACUGGUGUCAGCAGGAUUCCAGGUGAGCACCCCGAG